CAGUCUCGCACUUUUGUUGUUUUUGUGUAGAAAAGGAAAUUUGUGAGUGAGAAGUAUUCAUCCCAUGUGUAUUGGUGUACAUAUAUUAUGUAUGUUGUGUUGUGUGUGCGUGGUGAUUUGUGUUAAAUGCUUAUAGAAAGAAAAUAAUUAUAUGAAGAUAUUUUGAUGAUAAACUUGCAUAAAUGUGAAGAAACGUUGUGAUUUGUGUUAUCAAGUGGCAGUGAAUCCGUCAGGAGGCGGUAAUCAUUCAAGUUGGCGAAGGCACGUAGGGGUAUGAUUAAGGAGAAGGAGAAGGGCGGAGGUGCCCGCCUAAAAGAUGAGCCCAAUGAUCCUACAGAACCAGGACAUGGCUCCAGACCGCCGUCCGCGUCAUUGCCCACGCCGGCAGCCUUGAAAAAGGAACCGGAUGAAGCACCGCACAGAGUAAAACUGGAGCCCCACAGUCAGGGAAGCGCUGAGGACUCCUCCGCUGACCUUGGUGUAGAUGGGAUUAAAACUGAAAUUGAUGGCCUCAUGGAUAGCGAUGGUGACCCCACAAAAUCCCCUCAGUGCGAACUGGGGGGUCCAGGGUCUUUGAAGUCGGAGCGUCUCUCUUCAGACUCGAAUGACAUAAUAGACCCACAAACUGGUCUCAGGAAUAAUCCAGGAAACAUACAGGAUGGCAAUCAAAAUUGUCGUAAUCCCAACGGACCCGAUAAUAUGGGGUCGUGUCGUAUGGGCGGAGGGCCGAUGGGGCCCGGCGUGUCCAUGGGGCCCAUGUCCAGUGAGGCCCAGACUUUGCCCUCGAACGUCAUAAGCAAGCAGUCCGGCAGCAUGGAGCAGCAAAGUCAAAUAUUCGUGUUCUCAACGCUGCUCGCCAACAAAGCGGCGGAGGCAGUGAUAUCGGGACAGAACCAUUCCAUAAUCGCUUACCAUUGUGCACAACCUAACACGAAGAAGUAUCUGGAGAAACAUCCACUAAAGAUUGGCCAGUUCAACAAACAAAACCCGGCACAGUGGCUCAACAAUCUGGCCAUGGCCAAGCGAGGUGGAAUGCGGGGUGGACCCAACAUGAUGGGCGGGCCCAAUCAAAUGGGGCACAUGAUGGGCGGUCCCAUGGGACCCAACAUGGGGCCGAUGGGACACGGCGGAAUGGGACACAUGGGUGGGCCGAACAUGAUGGGACCGAACAGGAUGGGCGGACCUGGCAAUCAGAUGAUGAUGAUGAAGGGCGGGCCGGGGCAGAUGGGGCAAAUGGGCCCCGGCAUGGGCCCUAUGGAUGGGUUUCCAGGGGGCACCCCGUCCUGCGGUGUCAUGGACGGCCUCGGUGCUGAUGGUGAAAUGCCCUGGGACACCAAAAACCCCUCCGUAAUGUCGAAUGGAAUGGCAAAUGGUCCUUCCCAGAUGCCGCCCUGCUCUGAGGCGGGUUCGGGAGACAACAACAGUGGAGAUAAUAUAUCCUGCCAGCCCGGUUCUAAAGGCGUCAAGAUUCCCGACGAGAACCUGACGCCGCAGCAGCGAGCGCACCGGGAGGAGCAGCUCGCGACGAUACGGAAGAUGCAGCAGAUACUCUUCCCGGAGAGUGGCAGCAACCCCAAUCAGCAGGAUGGCUCGCAGAACCAAGAAAUCAAUCCGCCUAACUCGACCGCCAAUAUGAAUAUGCCAUAUCCGCCCAUGUCGACACACGGGCCAAUGGUAUCCGGCCCUAACGGACCCAUGGUGUCUAUGCCGAGUGGCAUGAACUCAGGACCCAGUUGCACUAUGGCAGGCCCAAUGGGACCCAACGGACCCAUGGGCGGGCCCAUGGGGCCCGGACCGAUGGGACCGAACGGACCAAUGGUGGGGCCUAUGGGUCCGUGCGGCAUGAAGGGCAUAAGGGGACCGUGUGGAGGGCCAGAUAUGAAAUCGGGCAUGUGUACAGAUAUGCAUAUGGGGAGAGGUUGUGGAGGUCCUAUGGGCCGCAUGCCGAAUCCUAUGGGGGGUAUGGGCGGCCCGAAGCAAUGUAUGAUGGGUGGACCUCACAUGGGACCUAGGAUGAUGCCAGGACCUAACCUUUCGGCUAUGAACGGUGGCAUGAUGAUGGAAAGCGGCAUGAUGGGCGGCAUGGUGCACGGGGACUGCGGGCCGGACCACCACGGGAUGUGCGACGACUACGGGAGGGGGAGGAAUAUGGGUGGCAACGAUCACAAAAACGCACUGCGCAGUCCGAAGAGUCCGGCGCACGCGCACGCUGACAUCGACUGGCAGAAGCUGCACCACCAGUUCUUCGACGACAAUAAGAGCAUGGACCCAGAACUCAGUACGCAAGUGAAAUCGCCGUGUUCAGAGCGCGGCGGUUGCCUGCCGCCUCCGCCGUACGGAGCGUCUCCCCUACACAGAUCUGCUUCAGUGCCCAUUGCAACGCAGUCGCCGUCGCAAGGCGGCAACGCGUCGGAGGCGCCGCGCGCCGGCUCCGCGCUCAGCAGCCCGGCGCACUGCAAGCCGCAGCACAAGCACGACCCGCCAGAGAUAUUAGAGAAAUUGGACGACGGUGUGUUUGUUCGAACGCUCCAAUGUCUGGCGGCGCAGCGACAGAAGAAUCAACAGAGCAAGGAGCCAAGUUUGAUGCCCGUACCGUCUCCACAACAAAUAUCCUAUCUCAACCAGUUCGAAGGACAAGAGUUGACGAUACAGAAGCAGCCGAACACAUCGUUAAAAGACAACGGUCCUCCUUCAAAUAGUGGAGGGCAAACGCCACAAUCCAAUUCGAAUCAAAAAUCACCUGCAGGCAUGAUGCCGGGCACGCCGGAGCCGCACGGCUCGCUGGCGGAGCAGCGCGCGGGCCGCUUCUCGCUCGAGCAGAGCCCCGGCUUCAACAACCCGCAGACGCCCACGUCCAAGUGCUCCCAGGAUGAGAAAUCCCGGCCGAGCCCGUCGUCGAACAGGUCAAACAACGAGAGCGCGUCUAAAACGCCGCAGCGGGAGUCGGCGGCGCACAGCCAGCCCUACGCGGUGUCGUGCGCCAAGAGCAGCUGCGCCGUCACCACCAUGGCGCAGGCGCACGCCGACGACACCAUGGCUUCCAACACUGAGACAACGUUAUCAGGCGGUCCAAACAGCACGAGCCUACCGGGCCCCUUCCCUGGGCCCUGCAGUAUGAACAGGCCCGAUAACAUUCCCAUCAACCCCAACCAAGGCCCCAACGGCCCCAUGGGUCCCGCCACGUCAUCGUUCGAUCCGAUCUCAUCGUUAGCGCAGAUGUCACAGCAAUUAACGAAUACAGUGGGCGGAGGCCCCGGCUCCUCAGGCCCCAUGGGGCCCAACGGGUCUGGCAUGGGGCCCUUUGGGUCCGGGCCCCAUCACAUGCAACAUCACCAUUCUAUGCAUCCGCAUGGACACCCGCAUAUGAUGAUGAAUGAUUUGGGUUGCCAUAUGGAAGGCAUGGGUGGGCCAGGAUUAGGUGGUCCCAUGGAAGGAAUGAUGGGUGGUGGUGAUUUCCCACCAGAUAUGAACCUCAGUCCGAAGAUGGGCGGCGGACCCAUGGGAGGGCCAAUGGGGCCUAUGGGACCUGACGCGUCAAUGUUAGGGCCAAGGAUGUCUGGUGCCGGGAAAAUGCCUCCUUUCAAUGGUGCAAACGUACAAGUAAAAGCCAGUGCGCCGAACACGAUACAGUAUUUGCCCACAAGGCCUCAGAUGCCGUGCAAUACGGGACCCCGAGGGCCUCCUAGCCUGGACUUCUUGCAGCGAGUUACGAAUCCUAUGCAAAUGGACAGCAGUAAAGGCGGCGUGCAAUACUUUCCGGGGGCGAGAGGAAUGGACAUGGAGGGCGGGAUGCGAGGUGUGAUGAGAGCGCCGGGAAUGCUCAGGAUGCCGCAUUACCCCGCCGGCUUCAACUCGCCGCCCAAAAUGGCGGGCGAUCCGUUCGGCGGGCCGGGCCCCAACCCCAUGUGCGGCCCCAACUUCCGCGGCGUGAAGGGCGGCAUGGGGCCCGGCAACGUGCGGAUGGGCGCCGCGCAGCCGCUGCCGCCGUCCAUGGGCGGGCCCAACCCGGGCUUCAAGGGGCAAGGGUUCGCGGUGCCGUCCACGGCGGACCCCAACUACGCGGCGCAGUUCCACAACUUCCAGCAGCAGCUGUACGCGACGGGCAGCCGCGCCGCGCAGCCGCACCAGGCCUACCCGCCCUACCAGCCGUCCAAGUGAUGACCGCUCGACGGUCCGUGUGUCGUUAUAGUGGCGAUGUGAAUUGUGAAUAUGUGAUAUGGACACGAUCGCGAUACGGCGAAAGCGAAACGGAGCUACGAUAUGGCCUGUUAUUAUUAAGUUGUAACGUUACUUUGACUCAGACUGACCGGAACGCGACCGGGAGUGUGCGGACGUACUUAAUUAUACACCAGUGAAUGAGAGAUCAAAUAUUUUCGUUAGCGAUUUUAUUUUAGUUAUUCUUAUAUUUUUGAGAUUUAGGAAACGAUAUUCGGAAAGUCGUGUUUUUCUAUUGCGUCUAUUAGCAUAUUGAUUUUGCAUAGUUUGUUCUAGAUUUCUGACUGAACGAGUUUUACGUUAGGCGAUGAGAUUUGUACAAAUUGUACAAAUUAAAGUGUUACACGUAGUAUACAUAAUUUAAAAGUACAGGUUUAAGUAUAUUUUUGCUAAUGGCAAUAAUUUAUCAUUUUUAUAUGCAAACAUGCCACAAUUUCAGUGUAUUGGUUCCUUUACUUAGCUAUUUUAUAUAUGAUUCCUAUGCACACAGAUAUCUAGUCAAUUUUGAAAUUAAUGCCCGACCCUGUGUUAUGUAUGUGUAACAAUUGAGUCCACGGUUUGGUCACUUAUGAUGACACGGAAGUACAUAAUUAUUAUGUAACAAUAUUUUUGUCCAUUUUAGUUUUAGAUAUUUUAUUAAUUAGGGAAAUUGGUUUUAAUUCUAAUGUUUUUUUUGGCUUUGGCCAGUAGCUCAUGGAACUAUUUUAGUUCUUAGUGAAAAGUUUAUUCCUUAUUUUUGAUCUGAUAGCAAUGGUUUCUGUCUUCCAUAUCUAUGUUACAACGCAUCAAAAACAGGUCUCAAUGCAUUCUUUACACUUGCUGAACAAUUUUCAUUAGUCAUACUUUUUAAAGUACUUAAAUAUACUGAUGCCAUAUUAUUUGCCACAUUUUUUUCGUGAUAUUUUGAACUACUUUUAUUUAUUGUUCUUCGAGCGAUAUUAUUUCCUGAAAACCACGAUUUGUAUUUAAUAGAGGUGUUAGUUAGUUUAGUAAAGCACAUUGUGGAAACACACAGUGGCCUUUGACAAAAAAUGCCUUUUUACGAAGCGUCGAACCCCGCACGUGCGUACGUGUUAGUGAAAAUUUCGCUCAACGGAUAAGUAUUUUAUUUCACCAAGGUGGAUGAACAGUGCAAUUUGUUUUCUAUAAUAGUGAAACAACUGUAUGAAAAGUAAAGCACAUGUCACUCUAGUAAACAUUUCAAGGUUCAAACACCUUUGUUGGAUAGUAUAUAUCUAUAUGUUUGUAAAAAAUCGCUCACCGUAUGAGAUGUAUUUGAGAUUAGAAAGGGCCAUAACACAAGCCCUCAAGGAAACACCCGCUAGAAAUUAGAUAGUUGUAAUUUAAAUGUAAUUAAUUAUUAUAAGGUAAAGAAUGGUUCUUGUUUUAGGAUAAGUGAAGAGCAAUGAUAUAGUUUGUGUAAUAUUAAAUAAGAAAUGAAAUUAAGAUGCAAACUAUUGGUUGUGAUUCUGACACAAUUUGUUAAGUUGUUCGUAGUUAUGUCACACAGAUUAUUAAAUGUGAAAACUUAUUGAUUUUUCUUGAUAAGGCCCUUUUUAUUUUUUUGAACAUUUUUUUAUAUGUCGUUCUCGUUUGUACAUCACUAACAAUAACUGUACAGAGUACUUUUGGACUUAAUUUAAGGCAAUAAAUGUAUUUAUUUUAUAACUCGUGAUGUAAGAAUUUAUUCUUAAUUAUUAUAAAAAAAAUAUA